AUGGAUUUUAAUGAGACUGAGAUCAUCAAGCAGCCUCCGGCAGCUGAACUGGGCGAGAAGCUGGACCUGUACCUGAAGUACCGGCUGCCGCCCCUGGUGCGGCUGGUGCGGCUGCGGGAGCGCCACGGGCUGAUUCGGGCGCGGCUGGCGGGCGCGCGGGCGGCCACCGGGGACGUCCUCAUCUUCCUCGACUCGCACUGCGAGGCCAACGAGAAGUGGAUGGAACCCUUACUCCAGAGAAUCAAGGAGAGCCGUUCUGCUGUGGUUGUCCCCAUCAUAGAUGUGAUCGAUGACAAGACACUCGAAUAUUACAAUGGCAAUGGGCGUUACUUCCAGGUGGGAGGUUUUACGUGGAGCGGCCAUUUCACCUGGAUUGAAAUCAGUGAGACAGAGCAGAAGAGACGAGGCAGUCCAGUUGGGGCAACCAGAUCACCUACCAUGGCAGGUGGAUUAUUUGCCAUCGAGAGAAAUUACUUCUGGGAAGUUGGCAGCUAUGAUAACGGAAUGGACGUUUGGGGAGGAGAGAAUCUCGAAAUGUCCUUCAGGGUCUGGAUGUGCGGGGGCACCUUGGAGACGAUCCCCUGUUCCCGCGUCGGCCACAUUUUCCGCUCCUUCCACCCCUACACGUUCCCCGGAAACAAGGACACUCACGGACUCAACACCGCGAGGCUGGCUGAGACCUGGAUGGACGACUACAAGCGACUGUUUUACUUGUAUAGGCCAGAGCUGCAGAAUGCAGACUGGGGUGAUAUCAGUGAGAGGAAAGACUUGAGGAACCGUCUUCAGUGCAAGAGUUUCAAGUGGUACCUCGAAAACAUUUACCCAGAGAAGUAUAUCCUCGAUGAAGAUGUUUUUGCCUUUGGUCGUCUUCGUAACAAUGCAACAAAACCAGAUAUAUGCUUAGAUAACCUGCAAAGGAACGAGAAGAGCGCAUAUGAUAUGGGACUCUACAACUGCCACACCUUUGUAGCGUCCAGCCAGUUUAUUAGCAUGUCCAAAAAUGGAGAGCUUCGUAGAGAGGAUGUGUGUGCCGAGGUACCUGUAUUCUCCACACAGGUUGUGGAGAAGGUCAGAAUGGUGCGUUGCCAUGGCCAGCGCGGGAAUCAGGAGUGGGUGUUAGCAAAGACUGGGCACAUCAUACACAAAGCCACAAACAAAUGCUUGGAUAGAGGAGACAAGCAGGCCAUGGAUGAUGUGUUCGUGACUACCUGUGCAAACACAAGGACACAGCAGUGGUGGUUCGAUCAUUACCUGCCUGUCAGCUCAUACUAUCCUUGAGAUGUGACGGGACUAUAGCAAGAUCAUUUUUAUCAUUAUUAUUAUUUUUGAUUUCUUAACACUUUAUUUAUGGUGGUGUCUUUUACAUCGGGGAAAUAGUAUGAUUUUCAGCAGUAGAGAGGCAGAACUCUAAAUCAUGUGUCAUAAAGGCUCAAACUCCUACAUUAGUGAAAAUGAUACCAUACCCUGUAAAUCAAAAUUAAAUGUGUAUGAUAGAUUUUGUAAUCUCUCUUGUUUUAUAGAUAAUAGUAAUUAUUAUGAAACACCUGUAAACCAGUCAAGAAUGUAUGUGUCACGAAUGCAAGUAAUAUCUGUGAUUUCUGAAUUCCACACAAGUUAUGUGAAUGUCCUCAUAGAAGGUAACCAUAGGGUGGAUUUUGUCUUAAGCUGGCCAGUUUUAUACAAAUAAGAUGAGGACUUGGAGGUUGAGACAGAAAUAGUCAUAUGAUACUGAUAUUCAGUCGGUAGUGAGCUUUUAUACAUAUUUAUAUAUAUAUAUGAAAGUGGGCAGUGAUGUCUUUAAGUUAGUAGACGUAAUCUUUUAGGGUUUGACCUCUAAUGAGCGUAAGAUGGUGUCAUAAGAUGAUACAGUAUCAUUGAACAUUGUUAUUCUUUCCUUUCAAAGAUCAUGAUGUCAUUAGCAUUUUCUUGUUCUUCUUUCCUUUCAAAGAAUGUCAUGUGAUUAGUACUUUAUUUAAAUAUACAUAUUUGAAAAUCCUUGGCCACAAAUAAGAUUCAGGUCAUACCAGUCAGAUAGAUAGGAUAGAUUGCAAAUGACAUAUAAGUAACAAUGGAAACUAUGAGCCAGUCCUGAACUGGGUACCAAGGAUGCUUGCAGUACUGUGCGCUUCAUUUUGCAGGAUAAUAAUAAUGUGUUGUCUGCAUAAUGCAAGGAUGAAUUUGUUGAAGAAUAAGGGUCGUCAAAUGAGCUGACAAAAAAAGGAGGAAAAUGAACCGGCAGAAAAAUUAAACUCAUUGUGAUUUAGAGGAAAUAUGUACUGAUGCAAUUUUUUCCCAUUGUGAAGGAUACAAAGACAUGCCAGUCAGCUUAUUUUUAUUAUCAUUUCAUUACUAUUUAUUUUUUAUUUUACUCUUCUUUGACCAGCUUUCAGCUAGUAGAGUCUGUUGAUUUCUGCCACCUUGUUUUUUUUAGAUUUAUUGAAGAAAAUGAAAGUGCAUUUGCCUCUCUUUUAAUAUGUCAGUCUUACAAAGAGGACAGCAUUUUCAAACUUAUAUGAUAAACAGGUUGAAGUAAGGACUGAGCCGUUCAAAAUGUGAUAGGAAUAAUACUAACACUUUAAUUUUUUGAUUUACUAAUGUAUAGUGUUAUGCACAUUUUCUGUUUUUGCAUAAUUUGUUUGCAAAUAACUGGUCUUUCCAAGGAGAGCAAUGGUUACCAGAAGUAAUUAACAUAUAUUUAGGAAAUGUUUGAAAUCUUUCUCACUGAGAAUGUUUCUUUUGCCUCCUAUUAUUUUCCAUUCUUUUUUAUGUUUUGCUCUGUGGUUAUACAGAAUUCAUGGGAAGUUCAAUCAAUGGAUUUUUUUUUUUUUUCAUAUGGGAUGUGUGAUUUUGUUUUGAUUCUCUUCACAAUAGUCAAGUGAAAUGAUGAAGUAGAUUUUUAAGACAUACUUUGAGAACCUCAGUUUUUAGUUACCCAAUAAUUUCUCAAUGUUCCCCCAUGUCUCUUUCAAAGCGGGAAUGUAAAAGCUAUGUUGAUUGAUUUUUGUUUAUAUUCAAUAUAUUUUAUACCUAUGUUGAUUGAUUUUUGUUUCUAUUUAAUAUGUUUUAUUUAUUCAUUUAUUUUUUUUCCAUUUGAUCAUGAGUCAGUAUUGAGGUGCCUUUUAGAGUGAUAGUGACAGUGACGUGGAUUUCCGCACCGACACCAUUCCAUCCAUGUAUUGUUGUUUUGUGUUCAGUUUUACACACAAUGUAUGAUCAUUAUUACAUUUGCAUAAAUUGUAACAUGAGGUACAUUCCACUCUAUGUGAUCCUGUGUAUCUUAGUGUGUAUGUGCAGUAUAUGUAUGAUGUAAUGAGGAAUGUAUCUUCUCAACUCUGUACAAAUGCCAAAUGCACCACAUUAGUCUGUUUCACUGAAUUAACAUGGAUUUUGGGUCAGUAAAAUGUUUUUUUUCAAAUGAUUGCUGGAAUAUUAUGAUAAAAUACUGGUCAAGUGUGUUUUGGUUGCAAUACACCAAUUUUUGGGUGAAUUAUGGCCCUUUGUUGACUUGAGUUUUGCACUUGGGUCCUUGGAAUAGACUGUAAGUGGCAUAUGUACUAUCAUGUUGCGUUGCUGCCUAAGGAAAACAAAAACAAAAUUAAUGUACGGUUAUAUGGCAAGUUAAUAUUGCACUGGUGAAUUGAAGGGCUGUUGUGUUUAUACUAAAUUUGCGUGUGACAACAGGUUCAUAACAAGGAUUUCAGCUUUUUUCAAAAUAAUGAAUUCCAAAUUUGUGUUUUCUCAUCUCCUUUGCUCUCUCUUCCUCUUUUACAUUUUGUUUUUCCUCCUCUAUCAUAGUGUGCAGCUUUUUCCCUCCUGUCUGUAGAGUAUCUUCUUGAAUUAACCUGGACAUUAAACUGAUUCAGACAGACACAUUUCCAUUUGCUUUAGGAAAAAGAAACUUUCAGAGUGAAGUACUUGCAUGGAAAUGAGAAUAGUUCUGUUUCUUGUAAGGUGUAAAAUGAUAUGAGCCACAUACAGGGGUAAUAUUAGACUGCAGCAAAUACCAGUGCAGAGUGUAUCAUAUUGAUACGCAGUUAUGAGUUUUGCACUAGGAGUUUAGCAUAUAUGAUAGCUUUCACUGUGAGUGUGUGAUUCGUUGGAGAUAGAUAUAGGUACUGUUACGGUGCUGAAAUUUCUAAGUUAGAGUAUUUCGAUCUGCUCUGUGAGUGCAGCUUUCUUCUUUCAUUACUUCAUACCCCAUUUUUCCUCUUUCGUUUUUUUUUUUUCUUUCCACUUUAUUGUUAUUAAUGUUCUCAUUCUUCUGUUUCUACUUCCUUUUCCUCUUCCUCACCUCCUCAAAGGUACUGUUCAUUCCAGUGUGCACAUAUUAUGUUAAAGCCAGCUAAGGUAUUUACCUUUAACUUCUGAGUAUUUCUAAAGUGGAGAUGUUAUACUUUAUCUAAAGAACCAAAUUGUAAGAAUAGUAAAUUUUGCUCUAUUUUUAUAUAUUUAAUAGUCAUUUGUACUGAAAGCUACUUUACAGCCAAAUCAAAUAUCAAUAUAAAACAAAUAUAGACAAUUCAUUGCAUUUUUAAAUUAAGUCAGUUUUUAAACAUGAUUUUGGUUUGAAAUGUGUACUUUAUUUUUUUAUUAUUGUUAACAGUGGAGAACAAAAAAUAGACAUAGGGUGUCAUUCUGUCCUUAUUUGUUCCAAAAAAUAAAAA